CGUCAGUCACAAUCAUGACUUCCUCUAUUUCUCGUUCUGUGUUCCUAUGGCGUGUCGCAAGCGCUUCUUGUUCUAUGUUUCAAAAAUAGUUCGUUAUUCGUUAGGUGGCUGUUGUCAAGCGGUUUGGACGUUUCACUUUCAAUCUGUUGGAUUUAAAGCAAAUAUCCAAAAAAUGGAUUUAUCAGAAUACAUAAAGCAAAAAACCACACAAGACCUCUAUAAAGCUGCAGCGAGUAAAGAAUAUCAUCCAACAAGCGUAAAAGAUAGAAUAGAGCAAAUAAAAAAUGACAGAAGACAAACCAGAGAUACGUUGUUAAGUAGCUAUAGAAAUUUAAGGAAUAUGUCGCCAAUCACACCAACUCCAACAAAGAACAUAGAGCAAAGCAAGGUACUUAUUAAGAAAGCCACCAACAAUAACAUGAGAGAAAAACUAGCAAAAUGGAGGGCAGAAAAGGAAAGAAUUAAAUUGGAAGCAAAAAAGAAGAUGAAACCUGUAUUUAAAGUAUCUCAUGUACCUGAUAAAAUUGAACUGCCUCUGGAACCAUAUUCAAAGCUUCUAGCCCCACUGAAUCAUCAGUUUGUGCCACCAAAAAAUAUAAUACCUAUUGAAUUUGCAAAAUCGAGCGGUCUUAGCAAGCCUGUUGAAAAAAAAGUAAUUGAAAAGUAUGAAAGAAGUGACAAUAAGAUUAAAACGACAACAUCAUCAAAUGCUCGUAACAAGCCAAAAGAGAAAAAGCCAACUUCCUUGGAUAAAAGAAAUUUAAAUGAAAAUAAGUCAACAAAAACAACAGAUAAAAAUCCACCUUCCUGCGUCAAAAAAAAAUUAAAUGAAAAUAAGACAUCAAAAACACUCAGUAUUAGCAAACCUGUUAUAAAAAAUGAUAAUAAAAAGAUAAUGCCCCAGCUAAUGAAAAAAGUCAAUUCAAGUCAACCAAGUGGACAAAAAAUCACAAAUUUUGUAAGUGACAAAGUAAAUAAAGCAAAAUUAAAUGCAUCCAAACGUCUGCAGAGCCUAAAUCAAAAGAAAAAAACAACAGUAAAGAAAAAUGUUUCUAUCAAAGGAAAUGAUAUAACAUCGAGUGGAAUUAAUGAUGUUGAUUCACAUGUAAGUCCUAACAAAAAGGCUACAGUCAGUGGUAUUCAAAAGCAAGGUGAUGAAGAAAAUCGAGAACCUCUAAAUUACAAGGGGUAUGAACCAAAUAACUGUUUCAAAAGUGAAUAUGAAUCUGAUAGCGAGCCAUCCACUCCUGAAAAGGGAAGGAGGAAUGUUAGAUUUGGUUCCCAGAUUGGCUCUAGCAAUGAUGUAUUUGUAUCACCUACUAGACUGAGACAUCACUCUGGCAUUCUGAGAAUACAAAGUGAAGACAAUGUUCUGAGUGGACCAUCACAAACAAAGCCCUGGCGUGAAGAUGCGAUACUUUACAAUGAUGAUGAAGUUUGCGUGAAAAGCCCAGCUGUGAGAAGGCUUAGAGAAUCUUUCAAAUCAUCAGAUUCGCAGUCAACUCCAGGAAUAUCUGACUUCUAUGCAUCAACAGAUUCAGCUUCGAGUUUCCAAUAUGUAACUAAGAGAAAAUUGCAUAGGAGUUCAACAAAAAUAUCGGAUGCAGAUAUUUUGGAUUUCAAACCUUCAGUUCCAGAAGAAACGUCUGAUGAUACUACUAGAAAAUCAUUGGAAACACGGAAAGGAAGCAGGUUGACUGUGCAAAAUUCGGUUACUUCAAAUUUGGAUGUUUUAGAUCCAAAAACUCCAAUAUCACCCAGCCCUGUUGAGCUUGACUCUUUGAAAAGGAGAUCCAGCACAAAGAAGGAUAGAGAGCAGAGGCAAUCCAGAGAAGGUAUUGCAAAAAGAUAUCAAUCGUCUAGUUCUAGUGGAAUUAACGAUGUUGAUUCACAUGUAAGUCCUAACAAAACGGCUACAGUCAGUGGUAUUCAAAAGCAAGGUGAUGAAGAAAAUCGAGAACCUCUAAAUUACAAGGGGUCUGAAAAUGAAUAUGCAGGCGAGUCACCCACCCCUGCAAAGGGAAGGAGGAACGUUAGAUUUGGUUCCCAGCGUGGCUCUAGCAAUGAUGAUGUAUUUGUAUCACCUACUAGACUGAGACAUCACUCUGGCAUUCUGAGAAUACAAAGUGAAGGCAAUGUUGUUCUGAGUGGCCCAUCACAAACAAAAAAGUAUAAAACAACUCCAUAUAGAUCACGCCGUCAAGAUGUGAUACUUUUCAGUGAUGAUGAAGUUUGCGUGAAAAGCCCAGCUGCGGAAACUAAGAGUAAAUUGCGUAGGUCGUCAACAAAAAUAUUGGAAUCAGAACCUGAAGAAACAUCUGUUGUUACUACCAGAAAAUCAUUGAACAAAUGGAAAUCAAGUGAAAUCUCUGGAAUUGUGGCAAUGAGAAAGUCUAUAAAUACACCAACUAGGAAAGGAAGAACCUCAACUGUCCAAAAUUCAGUAUCAGUUACUGUUUUAGAUCCAAAAACUCCAAUAUCAAGUGAAGAUUUUGAUAGCCCCAGCUUGAAGAUGUCUCUUAGAAGCCGAUUGAGAACACUCGCGAAUCCAUCCACACAACGUGUAAGAUCAGAAUCUGAGUCCUCCCAAGAUUCUAAAUCGAGUAAAACGGCUCCAAGCUCAGCUAAGAGAAGAUCUCUUAGAGCGUCUAUAAAUAAACGCCCAACCUCGUCCAUUGAAGGCGCAAGUCAUCCAGAUUCAAAUACGUUGGAGUCAUUAACUCUUGAAAACAGAAAAACACUCAACAGAAUGUUGGAUAAAUACUUGCAGAACAUGUCUCCAAAGAAUGAAGUUAAUUCUAAUUCCGGUGAGAGUCAGAAAGAAGUUGAGCCCGUCCCAAAAACGCCCGAUGCAAAGAAGGCAUUUUCACCAUCGUCAGAUACUGUGACUCCUGAGCAAAAAGGAAAGCGGGAAUCUGUGUACCUAAGUCCAUUUGUGACGAUCUCCAGAGGGAAAAGCAGUGCCAGAAAAGAGUUCCACAUUAGAAGUAGUACUGGGGGCACUUUGCCUGGCGCUGAGGCCACUACGAGUCCUAAAGCUGGAGCUCAGUACUUCAAAAAUCUGCUGAAUGAAGAAAUUAGGAAGAUAGAAGAAAAAUGCGAUGAGUGGAAUAAAUGUAAAGAAACUGGUAUCCCUGAAGAAGCAGUAAAUAUGAUUGAUGUGGCCGUAGGCCAAUCAAAGUUGCUUGUAGCCAAGAAGUUCAACCAGUUUAGACGUUUAAUAGAACGGUGUCAAUCAGGAGAUGAAGAACGCGGGACUGUGACGUGCCAAGAUCUUCAUGGGUUUUGGGAUAUGGUGUUUUUGCAAGUCGAGGAUGUUGAAAAACGCUUCAACAAUUUGAAAAGGUUGAAGGAAAAUAAUUGGCAAGAAGUCAUCACGGUGAAUAAAGUUGUGAAGGCGAAAAAGGAAAGGAAAACUAAAGCUCAAGCAACAUCAAAAAUCAAAGAAAUGAUAGCAGCAGCUAGGAAGAGGACAAAGAAAUCUCAAAAUCCAAGCAGCAAUGAUUUGCCGACAAUAUCAAUUGAAGGAGUAAAGGAUGUCGCAUCUCAAAAAUCGACACCUAGAAAGAGCCUUACGCAACCAAGCGGCAGUUCAAGGCGUAGCCUCAGGGCAUCUUUGCUCACGAAUCAACUGCAGCAGAAACGGAGGAAUUCCUCUCCAGGUUUGGCGAUAAUGAACCUUUCGCAGUCGAUCAAGUUGAAUGAUGGGCUUACACCUGGUAGAAGCAUUCUGAAGAGUCGAUCAAGCAAAUCUGAGAAGCGCAUUACAAAGACAGUGCUGUUCAAGGAAGACCUACAUGAGGAAAGAAGGUUUGAUGCUGACUAACUUGGAAUUUUAUUUGUGUUACUAUUAGUUUUUAUUUAGAUUGAUAUAAUUAAAAGUUUUUAUCUUAUGAACCAUGUUUACUCAAUCUUCC